CGCCUCGCCACAGGCAGGCUCUCCAAUGGCAACACCAUGGGGGAUAUCAUAGCUUCUAGAUAUGGUGUCAAGGAGCUGAUUCCUCCUUACCUUGCUGAUGGUCUUCAACUUGAAGAUCUACUAAGUGGCGUGGCUUUUGCUUCUGGAGGAAGUGGAUACGAUCCUCUAACAUCCAAAAUAACGACGGCGAUGUCGAGUACACAACAGCUUCAACUAUUCGAGGCAUAUAAGGAGAAACUUGUAAAAACGAUCGGACAGGAGGCUGCGGCACAAGUUAUCACAGAUAGCAUAUAUUUUACCUCCAUGGGAGGAAAUGACCUCGCAAACAAUUACUUCUUAAUUCCUUUUAAACAGCAUCAAUAUGACCUUGGUUCUUAUGUGGACUUCCUUGUUUCCUCGGCAGUCAACUUCAUAUUGAAAAUGAAUCAGAUAGGUGCUAAGAAGAUUGGAUUUUUUGGAAUGCCUCCAGUUGGUUGUAGCCCUUCACAAAUAAUACUGGGUGGACAUCCCUCGAAAGAAUGUUUCAAGGAGGCAACCGAGGGGUGCUGUAGCAGCACCUUACUUGAUGCUACCAUAUUUAUUGCAUAUCACACUGCAUGUUCAAAUGUCCUUGAUUAUGUUUCGUGGGAUGGCUUCCAUCCUACUGAAAAGGCCUACAAGACGCCUACAGUAUUGUGGUUGACAAUGUGA